GCGGCGGCGGCGGUGGUGGCGGGGGAACCCGAGCUGGGGCGGCGGCGGCGGCGACGAAGGUUGGGCCACCGCGCGGCAACCUCGGGGCCCGGAUCGGCCACAGCGCAGCCCGGGCGCCGGCCCCGGUGCACUCCCCCGUGCGCGCCCCUCCGCGCGCAGCCCCGAUGCUGGACAUGAGCGAGGUCCGCGCCCAGCCGCCCUGCAGCCCGUCCGGCACCGCCAGCUCCAUGUCGCACGUGGAGGACUCGGACUCGGACGCGCCGCCGUCGCCCGCCGGCUCCGAGGGCCUGGGCCGCGCGGGGAGCACAGGGGCCGGGGGGCGGGGAGACGCGGCCGAGGCGGCGGACGAGCGCUUCCCCGCCUGCAUCCGCGACGCCGUGUCGCAGGUGCUCAAGGGCUACGACUGGAGCUUGGUGCCCAUGCCGGUGCGCGGGGGCGGGGGCGGCGCGCUCAAGGCCAAGCCUCACGUGAAGCGGCCCAUGAACGCCUUCAUGGUGUGGGCGCAGGCGGCGCGCCGCAAGCUGGCCGACCAGUACCCGCACCUACACAACGCGGAGCUGAGCAAGACGCUGGGCAAGCUGUGGCGCUUGCUGAGCGAGAGCGAGAAGCGCCCCUUCGUGGAGGAGGCGGAGCGGCUGCGUGUCCAGCACAAGAAGGACCACCCGGACUACAAGUACCAGCCCCGCCGCAGGAAGAGCGCGAAGGCCGGCCAGAGCGACUCGGACUCGGGCGCCGAGCUGGGCCACCACCCUGGUGGCGCCAUGUACAAGGCCGAAGCCGGCCUCGGUGACGCGCACCACCACGGCGACCACACAGGGCAGACCCAUGGGCCGCCCACCCCGCCCACCACCCCCAAGGCCGACCUGCACCAGGCCGGCGGGGGCGGCGGCACCGCGGCCAAGCCGGAGCUGAAGCUGGAAGGGCGCCGCCUGGUGGACAGCGGGCGCCAGAACAUCGACUUCAGCAACGUGGACAUCUCGGAGCUGAGCAGCGAGGUCAUGGGCAACAUGGACACCUUCGACGUCCACGAGUUCGACCAGUACCUGCCGCUGAACGGCCACUCGGCGCUCCCCGGGGAGCCCGGCCAGGCCGCCGCCGGCUCCUAUGGGGGCGCCUCCUACUCCCACCCCGGGGCGUCCCCCGUGUGGGCCCACAAGGGCGCCCCGCCAGCCUCGGCCUCCCCCUCGGAGGCCGGCCCGCCGCGGCCGCACAUCAAGACGGAGCAGCUGAGCCCCGGCCACUACGGCGACCAGCCCCAGGGCUCGCCCGGCCGCGCCGACUACGGCCCCUACAGCGCCCAGGCCAGCGCGCCCACGGCCGCCCCCGCCACGGCCACCAGCCCCUUCGCCAGCUCGCAGUGCGACUACGCAGACCUGCAGGCGUCCGGCUACUACGGCCCCUACCCCGGCUACCCCUCCGGCCUCUACCAGUACCCCUACUUCCACUCGCCGCGCCGGCCCUACGCCUCGCCGCUGCUCAACGGGCUGACCCUGCCGCCCACCCACAGCCCGCCCAGUAACUGGGACCAGCCGGUGUACACCACGCUCACCAGGCCCUGAGGCCCCGCCCGGGGAGGGCUCCCCCGGCGGAGGACGGCCUCUUCUCUGCCAAGACGGGCCAGGCCCCCGGCCUCCGGGUCGGGCCUCCCGGCUGUGCCCGCCAAGUGCCUGCUGCCGCGGAAACGUCACCGAGGCCCCGAGGCCUCUGCCGGUGGACAGCGUGCCCUCUCCCUUGCUUCUCCCUCGGGGAGGUGACCGGGGAUCCCCAAGGGACGGCCACUCCUCCCUCGCCCGUGCGGCCCGGAGGGUCUGCGUCUCUGUCCCAGCCAAGCAGCAGCAGGAAGCACGGUGGGGGAGGCUUGCGGUCUCCGCCUGGGCGCCUGGGCGCCGAGAUACCCCUGCACCAACCGAGGACGCUCCCAGGGCGGCGGGCGGCGCGGCACACGCCCCGGCUUCCUCCACGCCAGCCAGCGGGCGCCCCGGGGACCCGCCACCGAGCUCCCGGCGCUCCCUGUGGCCGGUUCUCCCGGGCAAGGUUUGGCUGUGAUUAACAAAACUUCUCUCUUUUUUAUUUUAUUUUUUGGUAAUUUUUAUUUUUGAAGCUUAAACGUGUUUGUUUUGAGAGCUGUUAAAGACGUAUUUAUGUUCUGUUGUUA